AUGGCGGAAACAUUGGAAUAUGAUAUUUCAGCGGAAGUGCGGGGAGUGAUGACACCUGGCCGUUUGAAAUUGUCCGAACAGAAUAUUGUCUACAAAAAUAGUAAAACUGGCAAAGUGGACACCAUACCAGCCGAUGAUAUCGAUUUGAUAAAUUCUCAGAAAUUUGUCGGUAACUGGGGCAUUCGGGUGUUUACCAAAUCUGGAAAUCUCUAUCGUUUUGUUGGCUUCAAGGACAGUGAAAAUGAAAAACUGGCGAAAUUUGUUAAAAAGGUCUAUCAUCAGGAUAUGGUGGAGAAGGAAAUGUGCGUUAAAGGUUGGAAUUGGGGUACAGCAAAUUUUAAGGGUUCUGUACUCAGUUUUGAUAAAGACAGUAAAAUGAUAUUCGAAAUACCGCUGUCUCAUGUCUCGCAGUGUACAACGGGUAAGAAUGAGGUUACCAUUGAAUUUCAUCAGAACGAUGAUGCCCCGGUGGGCUUAAUGGAAAUGCGUUUCCACAUACCCGCCGUGGAAUCGGCUGAAGAAGACCCCGUCGAAACGUUCCAGACAAAUGUUAUGAGCAAGGCUUCGGUUAUAUCGGCAUCUGGUGACGCCAUUGCCAUCUUUAGGGAAAUUCAUUGUCUCACACCCAGAGGUCGUUAUGACAUCAAAGUAUUUUCAACAUUCUUUCAACUUCAUGGUAAAACAUUUGAUUAUAAAAUUCCCAUGGAUUCUGUGCUGAGGCUGUUCUUGUUGCCACACAAGGAUAAUCGUCAAAUGUUCUUUGUUUUGUCGCUGGAUCCUCCAAUUAAACAGGGUCAAACACGUUAUCAUUAUUUGGUGUUACUUUUUAGUCCCGAAGAUGAGACUUCAAUUGAGCUGCCCUUCACCGAAGAGGAGCUGAAAGAGAAAUACGAGGGCAAACUUGAAAAAGAAAUCUCCGGCCCCUUGUAUGAGGUUAUGGGUAAGGUAAUGAAAGUAUUGAUAGGACGUAAAAUAACAGGACCUGGUAAUUUUGUGGGCCACUCCGGCACAGCUGCUGUUGGUUGUUCAUUCAAAGCUGCCGCAGGUUAUCUUUAUCCUUUGGAACGUGGCUUCAUCUACAUACAUAAACCCCCCGUACACAUACGUUUCGAGGAAAUUGCCACUGUUAACUUUGCCCGUAGCGGUGGUUCAACACGUAGUUUUGAUUUUGAGGUUACACUCAAAAACGGUACUGUACACACAUUCUCUUCCAUCGAAAAGGAAGAAUAUUCCAAGCUUUUCGAUUUCAUUAAUCAAAAGAAACUGAACAUUAGUAAUGUGGGCAAAGAUAAGGGUGGCUACAAAGAUGUUGACUUCGGUGAUUCGGAUAAUGAAAAUGAACCCGAUGCCUAUUUGGCCCGCGUUAAGGCUGAAGCCAGAGAAAAGGAUUCAGAUGAUGAUGAAGAUGGCUCUGAAGAAGAAUCUACAGAUGAAGAUUUCAAACCAAAUGAAAAUGAAUCUGAUGUUGCGGAAGAAUAUGAUUCGAAUGUGGCCAGUGAUUCAGAGGAUUCGGAUGCAAGUGGUGGUGGUGGCGGUGGAGGUAGCGGCGAUGAAGGUGGUGCCGAGAAGAAGGAAAAGAAGAAACCGAAAAAGGAAAAGAAAGAGAAAAAGGAGAAACCGGAAAAGAAAGAGAAGACGAAAAAAGCCUCCAAAAAGAAGGAUGCCAACAAGCCCAAACGUGCCACUACCGCCUUUAUGCUGUGGCUCAACGAUACCCGUGAACAAAUUAAAAACGAUAAUCCAGGUAUUAAGGUUACGGAAAUUGCCAAAAAGGCCGGUGAACUGUGGAAGGAACUUAAAGAUAAAUCAAAGUGGGAAGAAUUGGCUGCCAAGGAUAAACAACGGUAUAUUGAUGAAAUGAAAGAUUAUAAACCGGCUGCCGAUGAUAGUGAUGAUGAAGGUGGUGCUGCCAAGGGAAAGGCAACCAAAAAACGUAAGAAGGAAAAUGCAUCACCCAAGAAAUCGGCAAAUACCUCAGGAUCAUUUAAAUCCAAAGAAUAUAUAUCCGAUGAUGAUAGUUCAUCGGAUGAGGGUGAUAAGAAGAAGUCGGAUUCAGAGCCAGAAAAUAAGAAGAGUAAAAAGGCCGACAAAGACAAGGGUGAUAAAGACAAAAAAUCAAAAGAUUCCAAAAAGAAGGCGGAAAGUGAAGAAGAUGAAGAGGAGGAGGAAGCCUCUGCCUCCGAAGAGGAAGAAGAAGAAUCUGAGGAGGAAGGCGAUGAAAGCGAUUAAGGCUUUUAGUAAUUUUCCAAUGCAAA